UCCGGAUGGAUAAACUCACCCUCAUAUCUCUCCGUCUACAGCACAGCAUAGCACAGCUCACUUACUCACCGGCACCACUCUCCUACAUGCACAUGUCAUAGACCAACUUCUCCUCUUCGGUCGGUUUUUGCUCGGUAAAAUAGUGUUUUUUUAAAAUUCACUUUUUUGUUGUUGUGGGGUUUUUUGGAACGUUAACCGUCGAGUCGAAGCUAACUAACUGAAACAAACGGCUGGUUGGAACUAACCGGAGUCUUUUAAAAGUAAACAACCGCUUUAGAAUGUUAUGUUAACGUGUUUAAUUAACUGUGGGUUUUUUUUUAUAUGUUAACCGUCGAAUCGAAGCCAUCUAACUGAAACAAACGGCUGUCUGGAGCUAACCGGAGUCUUUCAAAAGUAAACAACAGCCAACUGUAACAUGUUUAACUAAUAUAUUUUUUUAAAACAACAAAAACUGGCAGCGUUAAUAGUACAUAGUGUGUUAGGUUAGUGUUUACCGUCUUUACUACCGGGGGCUAUAUAUAUAUAUACAUAUAUAUUACCGGAGCUAUCAGAGGAAAAUGUCUCGGAGGCGGCUGGACAGUCGCAGCGGACUCUCCGCCGGCUUGCUCGGGGAGAUUCAGACACCAAUCUGCACCGAGUCCAUGGAGAGUGUGUAUGACGUCACUGGAGAGCUGGGGAGGGGGAAGUUUGCGGUGGUGAAGCGCUGUGUGGAGAAGGCCACAGGCAAAGUGUUCGCCGCCAAGUUCCUGCGAAAGAGGAGGCGAGGUCGCGACUGCCGGGCCGAUGUCAUCCACGAGAUGGCCGUGCUGGAGGCGGCGAGCAACUGCGCCCGGGUGGUCAACCUGCACGCCGCCUACGAGACAGAUCACGACAUCGUCUUAGUGCUGGAAUACGCUGCAGGCCGAGAGAUAUUUGACCACUGCGUGUCCGACGAGCUGCUGCCAGAAAUCCAGAUCACCCGUCUGAUGAAGCAAACGCUGGAGGGAGUCCACUACCUCCACCAGAGCAACCUGGUGCACUUAGACUUAAAGCCGCAGAAUAUCCUCCUGACCAGCCUGUCUCCUCCCGGGGACAUAAAGAUCGUAGACUUUGGUCUGGCUCGCAGGCUGGGCGCGGUCGGAGAGCUCAGAGAGAUUCUUGGCACACCUGAGUAUGUGGCUCCAGAAAUUCUCAAUUACGAGCCGAUCACAACAGCGACGGACCUGUGGAGCGUGGGUGUCAUCGCCUACAUGCUGGUGACGGGUGAGUCUCCGUUCGUCGGCGACGACAAACAGGAGACGUACCUGAACGUGUCCCAGGUCAACGUGGACUACAGCAGAGAGGCCUUCUCCAGGGUUUCUGAGCUGGCCGUCGACUUCAUCCGCAAGCUGCUGGUCAAAGCGCCCGAGGAUCGACCCAGCGCUGCAGACUGUAUGAGUCACCCCUGGCUGUGGCAGCAUCAGUUCUGUCUGAGCCCAGAAAUGGCCGCUACCGCCGCCGCCAGCCGUCGCAGGAGCGUCGGCACCAAGUGGGCCGCUCCACCCGAAGACCCCGAAGACAAGGAGAACUUCCUGGAGUCUCCUCACUCUCACGCUAAAAGGUUUCGCUUCGACGAGGAGACGUUCGCCGCUGGAGACGGUGACAUGUAAAAAAACAACAACAACAAACAAACAUGAAACAGAAGAAGGAGAGGAAGCACCAACUUCUCUCUCUGAGCUUUUUUAAAGAAUACAAACCAGCUGUUCACUUCACUGCCCUCACACCCCCCGAAAGUACUUAUUUAUACCCCCUCUUAAUUCAUCAAUUACAACAUCGACCACUUAAACCAAAGAUAACCAGCUACACUUUAAUCACUCGUUGUUAAAAUGUGUGAAAACUUGUACAGUGAGUCUCAAUCACCUUUAAAGUUUAACCCUAAAGUAUUUAAUAUUUUCCUCGUUAUGAUCUCUGGUAUCAAAGGGCUGCACACACAUACUUUAGUUACUCCUGUGCUCAUGAAGGGAAAUCUAUGCAACACUCGCGCUUCAUAAAGAAAAAAAAAAAGUCUUUGCCUCUUUUAAAAAAAAAAAAAAGUCUCAGCAGUGCUGGUUUAUUAUUUAGUCGUCGCGGUCGACUCGUGCUUCAGCAGAAAUAUGUGAUACUCAGAUAAGCUACCUGCAAUGAGGAAGUAUGACAGCGUCCUUUUUAUUUGCAUGUGGGAGAGAAUUCAGGUCAGCAGCAUUAAGGAGAAGCAGGUUUUUGUCUUUCGUGCCGCUGCUCUGCACUUUCCACUUUACAACAACCAGCAAGCAUAUUACUGUACAUUCCUUCAUAUAUAUAUCUAUAUAUAUGUAUAAAUGCCUUUUUUUUUUUUUUUUAUUCAAAUCUGCAAUAUGUUUUGAGGGUUUAAAUUUAGCUCAGGGUUUUUAGAUAAAGCUCUUUUGUGUUCUUUUAUAGCGCAUUCCCCCGUCUGCACAUUUAGUGUUAAAAUCAGGUGAGUUUAGUGUCAAGAUAUCUCUAAUUUUUUCUAGAAACUGCUUUCAUAAGGACUUAAAAAAAGGUAAUAACAACAAAUAAAUAAAUAAAUAUAUAAUGAUAAUGAGUGUAACUGCCUGCCGGUGCGUUCAGGGGCAUUCCUGUUGAGUAAGCAAGCCAGAAACUUGAAACUGCAACAGCUCCGAGAAAGGAAAAAAAAAUCAAAAACCAACACGGUGAGUCAUGCAGUUAUUCACAUGCCACACCCGCACUUACUCAAAUCAUUUCCUCUCCGAAGCUGCGAGUUCCUCCUCCGGCAGAAGUUUAAAAGAAAGAAAAAAAGCACUUAUUUCACAAGUAUUGAGCUGAUGAGAGGAAAAAAACUGGAGCAAUUUAUGUCAGUUUGUUCAUUUUCGUGCCCUUAAAGCGACUCAGCAGCCCCCCUCCUCUCCUCCUCUCACUAAAAGCCAUUCUUCACUCGUCUUUCUGUCGGGUGCCUCAAGUCUUUUAAUUAUUAUUCCUCAUCUCAGGGCUGCUGCUGCUCGCUCUCUGCUCACUAUGUGUGUGUGUGUUUUCUUAAUAUUAUUAUUGUUAUUAUUUAUGUGCUGGACUUAAACUUUAUAUUGUGUGUUUUUGUUUUUUAAAUGUAAAUAAUGAGCUCACGUGUCCUUAUAAUAAAAGUUUUUUGAGAUGAUGAGAUAAGAGUUUGGAGAAAGGGAUGAUUUAGGGUGUUUAAAAAUCAAAGUGUCAAAGUUUCAGUGAUGAAUGGUUAUAGAAAAGAUGGAUGUGAGGUUUUUAAGGUGGAUUUAUGAAAGUUGGGGAAAAAAAGGAGAGAUGAGUUAAAGACGGCGAGGAGGAGAUGAAGACUUUGAUGGAUUUGGGAAAAGUCAGCGUUAAGAGAAAAGUUGGAGACGUUUUUGAUGUAGAGUGUUUAAAGAUAAGUGGAUACGAAAGGCUUUUUUGGGGGGGAUGUGAUUUCACUGUAAAGUUUUAAGAAAUAGCUGGAUGUUGAAUUUAAAAAAUUCCCUUAAAAAGCGAAACAUUCCUCUUUUUUUGUGUUUUUUUCCCGAGGUGCCAAACCGAAUAAGACCCGAACUGUGUCUGUUUGUAUGUUUGUUUGUUUAUUGUCCUCACAGCUGGUACAAAGGCCUUUGUGUGUGUGUGUGUAUGUGUGUGUGUGUAUAGGAGACGACGGUGCUCUCAUCUGUAUGCUGUCAUCCUUUAACCCUUCACAUACUGUUCAGGGUCGAAUUUGACCCAUUUUUACACCCGAGAGCUGUAAAAA